AUGAAGGAAUAGAAACAUGACCCAAAAGUAGCGCUGAAAGUUCUAAAUUUUUUCUUAAGAGGAAGAGGAUAAGGAACUAUAAUUCCAGAACAUUAAGCUAUGACUCCAGAAGACAUUAAAUAAAUCUUCCAUCGAGCAUUUAUUAGAUUAAGAGCAAUCUAUUUACUUAAUAAAUUAUCUUAAGAAAUAAUCAUGUAUGGAACUUCAUCUAAUUUGUUUGAUUUAUCAACAAGAGAUAGGUAUCUAUUGGAUGAUUAUAAGACCUGCUUUAUAAAAAUACCUUUUUCCUCUUAAUAAAUCAACAGAACAUAAAGAUUAAAGUCCAUACUUUCCUAUAAUUCAUCCAGAUUCUUAUCUAAAAUUGAUAUGGAAUUUAAUAUUUACAGUCAUAAUUUUAUACACUUCUUUAAUAUUACCAUUUAGAAGUAUUGGAUUUGAUUGAUUAUAGUUUCAUUUUAUGUUCACCAUGAAGAAUAAUAUUGGUAAUAAAUAGAUAUAGUUACAGAUGUUUUAUUUUGGAUAGAUUUAUUGAUAAAUAUGUUUAGUGGAUUUUAUGAUGAAGAAGGAAGAUUGGUGGUUGAUUAAAAGAUAGUAAUUGUAAAAUAUUUGAAAGGAUGGUUUUUUCUUGAUUUAAUUUCUUGUUUGCCUUUGACUUAUAUGAUUGAUUCAUCAAAUUCAAAUGAUGGUUAAGAGAUAAAACUAGUAAAAUUAGCAAAGUUGCCAAGACUUUAUAAAUUAACAGGAUUAAUGAAAAUAUAAAAAUAAUUUAGGAUGACAAAUAAUGACAUAUUUUAAUUUAAUUAUGGUAUGACAAGAUUAACAUCAUUAUUUUUAUCGGUAGUAUUAGUAAUUCAUUUAUCAAGUUGUGUUUGGCAUUAUGUUGCUGCAUAUAAUGAUUAUGAAAUUAAUAGUUGGGUAUAUUAAAAUAAUUUAUCAAAUUCAUCAAUUCAAACUAAAUAUAUAGCAGGAAUGUAUUAUGCUUUUACUACUUUAACAACAGUAGGAUAUGGUGAUAUUCAUGCUUAUUCUCCAUAAGAAAAAAUAUUUACAAUAAUUUUGAUGAUUUUGGGAGUAUUAUUUUAUUCAACUAUUAUUGGGUUAUUGUCAUCGGUGUUAUCUUAGAUUGAUUAUAAAGCACAUAUUUUGAGUUAGAAAAAGGCAAUAAUGAGUGAAUUUUGUGUAGAGAAGAAAAUCUCUAGAUAAUUAAGAGAUUGUUUAAAAGAAACUUUAGAAUAUAAUUUUAGUAAGAAUGGAUUUGUUUGGGCAAAUGAUACUAAAAUAUUUUAGGAUAUUCCAAUGAAUUUAAGAUAUGAGAUAAUGAUGUCUAUGCAUAAUGGAGUUUUUGGACAUUAAGCAUUAUUUUAGUUAGUUGAAGAUAAAGCAUUUGUUGUACAUGUUGUACCAUUAUUAAAACCAUUAUUUAUGUUAGAGAGCGAGUAUAUAAAAAAUAUUAUUUAAUUUUAGAGUCAUUUGGGAAGAAAAAUCUAAUCCAGAUGCAAUAUAUUUAAUAGAUAUUGGAAGAGUAAAUUUUAAGACGAAUUUUACUAUUUAAGCUACUACUAAUUAACUUAAAUUAUUUUCAUUUAAAUCUAUGAUUAGUGGUUCAUAUUUUGGUGAAAUAGAAAUCUUUUUUCAUACUACAAGAGAAUAUAUUGUUUAAUGUGAAUCUAAUUGUGAAUUUUAUUAUUUGACUUUAUAAGCAUUUGAAAAUGAAAUUUAUGAUGAUUUUCCACAUAUGAUGGAUAAGAUGAGAAAAAUUGCAGAAGAUAGAAGAAAUAAAAAUCUAGAAACUAUUGAUUAAUUGUAAAAGUUUAUUUUAGAUGAAACUACAAAGCCAGAAACAAGAAGUAACCAUUAUAUUUAUUUAUUAUUUAGUAUCAAAGAAAAAGAAAACUAUUCUUUUAAGAGAAUAUUAGAAUGAUAGUCAAAGCAAUCUUAAUGAUAUAACAAUUAGACAAAAUACUAGUAAAUAAAGUAGAAGUAAACACGAAGCAGCUUUACUUGAAUUAAGGAAAAAAGAUUAAAAUUAAAAGCAUGAUCACUCAAAGACUAUGUUUUAGUAAAGAAAUCCUUUUACUUAAAAAUAACAUUAGAAUCAAAAAAAAUAAAAACUCUAAGAAUUAGUUUAAAUUGCAGAAGAAAUUUCUGAACUUUUAGAAGAGUGA